CCAACUUACACUACUGCAUAGUCGACGCAUUGCGGGGAAGAUGGUGUGUGGGACACGGGAUUAUCUUCUGGACGGCGAGCGAUCCGGUGGCAGGGAUGGGAGCCAGUUGAUUAAAGAUGAACACAAGUCGGGCGUGAGGUCGGACCGGCCAUUCAUGAUGGCCGAGUCCGAGAGAGAGACUGUUUGAAUAUAUCCUACAAUUAGCAUCAAAGAUCUCAACAAGGCAACAUUAUGGCUCGGCAACAACGGCCAAUUCGCAUUGGUAACGUGUCGGGCGCCAUUGGCGACGGCAUCGACCAGAUCUACGAGAUUGCAAAGUCGGGGAACGUCGACGCAAUCACGGCAGAUUACCUCGCCGAGUUCAACAUCGCCUGGAGAUCCAUCGAGCUCCAGACCCGACCGGAUCUGGGAUACGAGCCCAACUUCCUUGAGCAACUUGCCUGGGAGAACGGCGAUGCCGCCCGGCUGGUCGCGGAGAAGCGCAUCAAGAUUGUCCACGAUGGUGGAGCUCUAAACCCAAGGGGUCUUGCCGAGGCCGCGGACUCUUACUUCAAGAGUCUUGGGAUCAGCCACGUCAAGAUCGCGUGGGUGGGCGGCGACAAUAUCACCGAGCAAGUCAAGAGUGGAAAGUUUAGCUCCGUAGCCCAUCUUGAUCAACAAGGAGUUACUCUGCCGGAGUCCAGCAUCAAGGAUAUCCUCUCCGCAAACGUCUACACCGGACAGGCUGGCAUCGUUCGUGCCCUGGAAGAGGGCGCAGACAUUGUGGUCUGCGGGAGGUGCUGCGAUGCCAGCCCUGUCAUGGGCCUGGCCUCAUGGUGGCAUGGGUGGGAUUCCGAGGACUACGACAAGCUCGCCGGGAGCUUGAUUGCCGGUCACCUCAUUGAAUGCGGCCCCUACGUCACGGGAGGCAACUUCUGCGGUGCUCCUGAGAUCAAGACGCUCUACAAGCUCGGCUUCCCAAUUGCCGAAAUUGCAGAAGACGGCAACAUUGUCAUCACCAAACCCCCGGGCACCAACGGCGCCGUGACGAUCGACACCUGCAAGGCUCAGUUGCUUUACGAGAUCCAGGGCCAGAAUUACCUGAACACGGACGUCAUCGCCAAUAUCGAACACGUCCGUCUGGAAGAAGUUGGCACGGACCGUGUGCAGGUUUCGGGAAUUAGGGGCUCGGCUCCUCCACCGACAGCAAAACUGGCCGUCUGCCUUCUCGGAGGGUGGCAGGCCGAGUUGUCGGGGUACUGCGCCGGCCUGGACACGGACUUCAAGUUCCAGCAGAUGAAGGACGGCGUGCUGAGGCGCAUCAACAAGGACGACUUCACCACGUUCAGCAUCGAGAAGUACGGGUCGUCGCAGCCGGAUCCGCGCACGCAGAAAGAGUGUACCGUCCAGGUCAGGAUCUUCGCCCAGGCGCCCGACAAGAAGGCGCUGGCGCAGGUCAAGAGGGCCAUCUUCUACAACGGCCUGCAGGGGUACUGCGGCCUGCAUCUGGGCAUGGACUGGCGGACCCUCGAGCCGAGGAUGUACGUCAAGUAUUUCCCCGGCCUGAUUGCCCAGUCCGAGGUCCCGUUGACGGUCCACUUUGUCAACGACAAAUCUGGGAGGUCGAUCGGGGUCCUGCCACGCCCUGCGAGCAAGUGCCUUGCUAGCGCUCCGGCGCAGAGGAGCUACGAGCCGAAGACUGCCCUGAGCUACUCCGGGGAGACGGUCAGGAGGCCAUUCGGGGAUCUCGUGUUUGCGAGGAGCGGCGACAAGGGUGGGAAUGCCAAUGUUGGUUUCUGGGUUCGGGACGCUGCGGCGUGGCCUUGGCUGCAGUCGUUCCUUACAAGCUCCAGGUUGAUUGAGCUUCUGAGUGAUGAGUGGAGCGACAAGUUCUCGGUUGAGAGAUGUGAGUUCCCAAAUCUAUGGGCGGUCCACUUCGUGGUCAAAGGAUUUUUGCAGGAUGGCGUGAGUAGCAACAGCAUCUUGGAUGGCUUUGCCAAGAGCUUCGGUGAGUUCCUGCGAGCGAGGCAUGUCGACUUGCCCAAGGACUUGGUUCAGCUGGAGGACCAGCGCCGAGCAGAGGCUCGAGCCAGAGCAGGUCGUCUAGCCAGGCUGUAGAGAGUACUUAUUUACAUGCUUUAUUGGGCAUCGGUUUGAAGAUUGGCAGACGAAACGAAUAGUUUGUGGACCUACAUUAUGAGCCCCUGAGCCCCUGAGCCCCUGGGAGCGUGAAAUCUGACCUUGUGUGCCCGGAAUCGAAUGGCCCAGAUUCCGCCGCGGGAAAUGUGGUUGUAUCAAGAAGUUGUAUCCCUGUAAGGCCGCGUGCAUGAGUCUGGGACCGGCUCAAU